GAUCACGUGCGCGGGGGGAGCCAUGGAGCGCGAGGACGGGGCGCCGGGAGCGGGGUUCCCCUGCUCGCCUGCUGCCGCCUCUCGCCCCGCUCGGUCGCCGGCGAAGUUUACGGCUGGCCCCGCAGGAGCAGCAGCCAUGGCGGCGGUGUCCUCCUACGAGAGCCUGGUCCACGCCGUGGCCGGGGCUGUGGGCAGUGUGACUGCAAUGACAGUAUUUUUUCCUUUGGAUACAGCUAGACUUAGACUUCAGGUUGAUGAGAAACGCAAGUCCAAGACAACACACACAGUGCUACUGGAGAUUAUCAAAGAAGAAGGCCUCCUGGCACCAUAUCGAGGGUGGUUCCCUGUUAUUUCCAGCCUCUGCUGCUCCAAUUUUGUCUAUUUUUAUACGUUUAACAGUCUCAGAGCUCUCUGGGUCAAAGGCCAACAUUCAACCACAGGAAAAGAUUUGGUCCUGGGGUUUGUUGCAGGUGUCGUGAACGUACUCUUGACCACUCCACUCUGGGUAGUGAACACACGACUGAAACUGCAGGGAGCAAAGUUUAGAAAUGAAGAUAUUGUACCAACCAACUACAAGGGCAUUGUGGAUGCCUUUCAUCAGAUAAUACGGGAUGAAGGAGUCUUGGCUUUGUGGAAUGGUACUUUCCCCUCCUUGCUGCUGGUCUUCAAUCCUGCCAUACAGUUCAUGUUCUAUGAAGGGUUUAAACGAAAGCUUUUGAAGACACGACUGCAGCUUACCUCUUUGGAUGCAUUCGUCAUUGGUGCAGUAGCUAAGGCAGUUGCCACCACCAUCACCUACCCCAUGCAGACAGUACAAUCAAUUUUGCGGUUUGGACGUCACAGAUUGAACCCCGAAAACCGGACACUAGGCAGUCUUAAGAAUGUUCUCUAUCUUCUUCGACAGAGAGUAAGGCGUUUUGGAUUGGUGGGACUCUACAAAGGCCUUGAAGCAAAGCUCCUGCAGACGGUCCUCACUGCCGCACUCAUGUUCCUAGUCUAUGAAAAACUGACUGCUGCUACCUUCACAGUCAUGGGAUUAAAGCAUUCACAGAAGCACUGAGAAAGUGAUCUCUGCAGCACAAUGAGCAUGGAACUAAACUGGGGGUCUGGAGAGAGAGGUCCAAUAUCUGAGGACAGGCUGGGUAGCAAAGAAUUCUCUCUCUAAGGUCACUUCCUUCUCCAUUACUUUCCAUUCUUAUUGUCUCCAUCUUGGAAGCGGCGUGAGAAGAAAUUUAGAGUUAAGUCCAGUAGGAUUUGCUGCCAGUCCUCUUUGUGGUGGCUUGUUCACUGUAUUGACAUUUCGCAACCCGAUUGUGUUAAGAAAUUAAAUGGAAAAGAUUAUUUUAGCACCUAAAAUUAAGAUUUGUUAAUUACUGGAGUGGUUUGGUUGGCUCUUUUAGGGGGAGGGAGUACUUUUACUGCACUUAAUUUUCCUUUUUUUUCAACUUGCUAUCAGCCAUUCUCCUCCCUGUACUGGCUGUCAGCAGCUCCCUGUCAGGUGUUCAUCUCACCUGAUAUUUGUUCAUUAAAAUAAUUCAUGCAGAACUGGGUUUCUGGCAUAGUUUCCAUUUAAUUUCUGAUUUUUUUUUCUGGUGGAGCAUUACUGGAUGUUAUUCCAAAUAUCUAUCAGAAGGUGAGACUUGUGAGAAACUAGAAUGCUCAUUUCAAAGGGCUGAGUGUGCUGUCCCUCGGAACACCCCCUCCCCCACAGUGAAGUUGGAACCCAAACACUGAUUCUGUAUGAAUGGCAAUGCACCUGGCUUUCUCAAGCCACUAGGUUGACCAGUAACUGAAUAUAGGGAUUUCCAUACUGUAGCAGGCAUGUAUUCUAUCUAGUCUGGUACUCCAGCUCUUUUCCUCUUGAAACUAAUUAUUGAUUCAUCUAAUCCAGUACUGUGCCUCAAACAGGAACCAAUGCAAGGUACUUUGGAGAGGAGAGUAAAUCAUUCCUAUAGCACACCUAAUUGUAAAUGUUGUUUUUCUUCCUGGCCUCUGCAGGUGGUCAGUUUGUGCCAUGAAGCAUGAGAUGAGGUAAUUGUUGUCCCAGCUAGUGUAACUGCACAUGCUCUUCUUACUUAUUUGUAUUGUUGUGUAGUCUUAGGGUACGUCUA